AUGCAGGUGAUACAGCGCGAUAAGUUUCGUAACGAGCGCGUGUUCCCGCUGCAGAGCUUGAGGCAGGCGGCGCGCGUCGCGGUCGUGUACGGCGACGCGGAAAAAGUCGCGAAGGACCUCGCGGCGGCGACGCCGUACCGGCGGCGGUUGGAGCAGUCGAGGAUUCUCGUCGUCCCGGUCGUGGACCGAGGUGAUAAGAGAGGCCAAGGCGCGUCGUCCGACGCGGUCGCGGACGUCGGCCCCGGGCGGUGGGAGCUGCUGAAGGACGUGGUCGUGGCGUGGCCCGGCGCCGGCGCCGGGCGGUGGCUCGCGUGGCCGACGAAGAACGACGCGUGGGCGGGAUACUUCCGCCGGCUUUUACUCAGCGCGGGCGCGAAGAACGCGGCGGGGGGGUACGUCACCGUCGGCGUCAACGGGCAGGUGCGAGGCAGCGGCAGCGGGAGCCCGUCGUGGGACGUGCUCCUGAGCACGUUUCCGAGGAACCGUCCGGGGAACAAGGCGGACGCCGCCGCGGAGGCGGCGUGGAGGAGCGCGACCGUGGACUACCAGGGCGAUUUAUCCGUGAACGACCCCGCGAUGAAAGACAUCAGAGGCGACGGCGCCGCGCGACCGAUCGGCACGACGUUGGAGCUCCCGAGCGACGGCCCCGCGAGGGAGGUUCUGAAAGUCCACGACGCGUUCUACGACGCGCUGAGCCGCGGCGACGAGGCCGCGAUGGCGGCGGCAUGGAGAGGAGGAGAACGCAAAAAACCGUCGCCGCUGGAGCGUUUCAUCGAGCGCGGGGCCGUCCUCGACGGGUGGGCGACGGUGCUUCGACCGGACCGUCGACCGGAGGGACUGAAGCUGUCCGACGUCGACGUCACGAUCGAGAGGGACGUCGCGACGGUGUCCGUGCUGGAGAGCGUCGGGAACGGCGCGACGCUGCUGGCGACGCAGACGUACGAUAAGACAGACUCGGAUGAGGGCGCGGGGUGGACGCUGAGGUCGCACUACACGAUUCCGUACGGGAAGGACACGGUGGCGAAGAUCGCGUUGCGGUGCGACGAGAGGGGGUGCGUCGCGGUGCCCGCGAAGGCGGUCGCGUCCGAGCCGCCGAGGUAGGCGAUGCGCGACGAACGAACGCGUCGUCUGGAAGAGAACUCGAAUAAUGAAGACUAAUGUACCGUUAAUAAGACUACUACGAAAGGCU